AUGGGGCGUCCACCGGCGUACAUUUUCGUGGUCAGGCACGGCGCACGUCUCGACGCUGCCGACAAGAAGUGGCAUCUCACGUCCCCGACGCCUUACGAUCCUCCUCUGACCUACGGCGGCUGGCAGCAAGCCAAAGCACUCGGUAUUCGCAUUGGAAACAUACUGAGACAGGCCGAAGCCGACGUCAACGCCGAUCCCAAGUUCCCCGACGGCCGCAAUGGCUCCGUAGACUCGCAAAAGAGGCGUCGCAAGUUCAAGGUCGUCCUCCACAGCUCCCCGUUCUUGCGAUGCGUCCAAACCUCCGUCGCCAUCAGCGCAGGCCUGGCCCAGGCACCUCCGCCCGGCACGCCCUCAUACCCGAUGCCCUCGCCCAGCGCGAACCCUUCCGCUUCACCGUUUGUUCUCCCAGCGUCCGUAGCUGAAGAGGUCGACCCGCUCUCCACCGAUGCGAACGGUACCAAGCCCGAGCAGACCAAGAAGAAGAUCAAGAAGUCGACGCUGCGCUUGGAUGCCUUUUUGGGCGAGUGGCUGUCCCCGGAAUACUUUGAAAUGAUCACGCCGCCUCCAGGCUCCGCGAUGAUGCUGGCUGGCGCAAAGGCCGACCUGCUCAGACGGGAAAACAUCCACGCCCACAACCAUAUCCAGGAGCAUUCCCACCACCACGCAAACUCCGUUGGCCAAGCCCAGAGUCAGUUGUGGAACAGUCCAAAGUUUAGAGCUGCCCCCGCUCCCGAGAGGUCUGGCUCUUCGGACUCCAACUCACCAUCCAUCUUGGGUCUCGAAAACGUAUCUGCAGUGGCCGGCGCUCUGCCCCGAAGUCGGGCUGGUAGCACAGCCAGCACCUCGAGCCAGCGCGUUCGUUUCACACUCCCAGAGCCCGCGAAUCCGAAUGACGGAUAUGUCGCUCCUAGCCCCCACUAUGCCAUUUCACCAAACCAUACUAUCCCCGACGGCUAUGUUGCUCACGCGCGAGAUGCUUGUGUAUCAGUCGAUUACCAGUGGGACUCGAUGCGGGAGCCUCUCGACUGGGGUGAUGGAGGCAAGUACGGCGAGGAGUGGACAGCUAUGCACCAGCGAUUUAGGAAGGGUAUUCAGAAGCUGGUUGACUGGUACACCACAGCAGAGAGUCCCGCGGAGAUGGUCACCAAGGUCGUCAAGACCUCUCGAAAUGGCGACACCGAGUGCGCUAUCGAUGACGACGAGGACGACGAUGUAGAGCCGGUGGUCAUCUUGGUAUCUCACGGUGCUGGUUGCAACGCCCUGAUUGGCGCCAUCACGCACCAACCGGUCCUGAUGGACGUGGCGAUGGCUUCUUUGACAGUGGCCGCCAGAAAGCCUGGCCGUGAUUCGGAGCCUUCCGGCUUGGAUACGCCCAUGUCGGAACCUGACGUUGACCCAAUGUCCGGCACCAAAGGAAUCAUCCCCGUCCAUCACUACUAUGAUCUCAAGCUAUUCGCAAACACGGAGCACCUGCGCCAGCCCGUCUCUGCUACCCACAACCUAUCCAGGGCUCCCUCAACAGCCUCAAAUCAGUCACAAAACGGACAGUCUUACUCGCGAGGGCGUAUCUCAACGGUGGGAUCGAACGCGUAUACGCCGAGCCCAAUCACCUUCAACCCCGACUCGUUUGACUUUGGAAGUAGAAGCAACUCAGCAAACGCAAAUCUGGGCAGCAUGCGCCGGGUUUCGAAUAACACAUACUCCAUACCUAGGGCGCCCACGCUCAACACGACCGGAAUCACAGUUGGAAGCGGCGCCACGAACUUUACGAAACCAUCACCGACAUUGUCUGUCGGGCUGUGGUCGCCAAUCACGCCAAAGAAGGAGACGGAAGAGGAGGAGGACGAAGACGACGACAUCUUCCCAGACUUUGACCACCGUAAGAAGUUGGCGGCCCUCUCCAAGCCCGGCCAGGAGAUUGUCAAGCCUCCGACGCCGGAGAGAAAGGAGCCGCAGCUCGGUGGCCCGGCCAAAGUCCCCCUGAGGCUGCAAGAGAUCUCUCGUCCUACCUCGAGCGACGGCACCGACGAGGAAAACAAGAUUCCUCAGCUAGGCACUUUUGCCAACGGGGGUCUGUGGGGAGCGCCGCGCCCCUUGGGGGAGACUGAAAUUAUGCGCGACAUGACGACCUCGAAGCGGCGCUGGACAGUGAAUGAGCGCGGUUGA